UUUUAUCGUUUACUAAAACAAUUAGACUCCACUUAAAUAUUACAACUACUCAUUUCUCCUCAAUUUCCUUUUCUCCAUUACUAUAGUAGCUUCUGCACGUCUUCUCUCAAAGAGAUUAGAUCAAAUGGUUCUAAAGAGAAGGCAAAUUAAGAAAGAGUAAUUUGUUUUGAUGGCCUCGGAGAGGGAGAUUUUCAGCCUAUCUGGACCAUUGCACCUCACUGCUAUUGACUGGAGAAAUACAGAUUAUAGGAGGUCCAUAGCGGCCAGCUUAGUGCAGAGUGUGUACAUUCUUGAACGUGAUCGCCAGCAAAUUCGUCAAGGUCCUAAUGCCCUUGCUCCACCCUGGUGGGAAUUCUUCCAUUUUCGUUUAAUACAAGUCUUAGUUGACAACGAAGACCAAUCUUACUUUGGUGCCAUUUACGAAUACAAAUUUCCAAACUCCCAUUUCCACUACAAAACAAUGCACGGCAUUCAGAGUCAGAAUCAGAAUCAGAAUCCACCAAAGUAUGUGAUUGCCUUUCGAGGCACAAUUGCCAAAAAAGGUAAUAGAUCGCAGGACUUCAAACUGGAUCUCAGACUCAUUCGCAACAAUCUUCACAACUGCUCUCGCUUCCACAUUGGCUUUCAAGCUGUACAAAACAUUGUUCAGAAUCACGGGGCCUCAGAUAUUUGGCUAGCGGGGCAUUCCUUAGGCUCUUCAAUUGCACUACUAAUCGGAAGGGACAUGGUCAAAAUGGGAAUUCAUCUCGAAGCAUAUCUUUUCAACCCACCAUUCACAUCACUUCCAAUAGAGAAAAUCACAAAGAACGCGAAACUGAAGCAUGGAAUCCGCAUUGCUCACAGUGUGCUCACCGCAGGACUCGCUGGGGCACUCAAUAACCACAAGCCAAAGGCCCUACACAAAAGUGACUCGUUUACUCUACUGUCUUCGUGGGUUCCUUACUUAUUUGUGAACCCAUCAGAUCCUAUAUGCGCGGAAUACAUUGGGUAUUUUGAGCAUAGGGAGAAAAUGGUUGCAAUUGGUGCAGGAGAAAUAGGGCGUAUUGCUACGCAGAAUUCAAUAAGAAAUAUAAUAGCGAAUGCAACAGGCAAAGAUCAAACGGAACCAUCACACCUAAUUCCUUCAGCGUUUGUUACUAUUAAUUUGAGCCCUUCUCCAGAUUUCAAGAGAGCUCAUGGAAUACACCAAUGGUGGAAGCCAGAUAUUCAAUGCAACUAUAAAAUGUACCAGUUUCGAUAACAUUUGUUCAAUUGAAAUUUAUCAUCAUGGAAUCCUGCUCUGCCAAAUGGUAUCGGGCUAGAUCAAGAUUCAUUUUUUCUUUUUUUAGGUCGCAACUCAUGACAUGAAAUUGAAUUCUUUUGCGGUAAGUUUAUUUUCUUCUUCUGUUC